AUGAAAGGAGUCAAAGUCAACGAGGUUAACGGUGAAUAUCAAGUAACCGACGAUCUCGAAAAGCCUGCCCCAGACUCUAACCAACUUCUCGUCAAGCCGAUUUUUGGUGCAGUCAACCCAGUCGAUGAGUUGAUGAGAAACUCUGGAAUUCUCGUUACCAGUUGGCCAUGGACACCAUGUUGUGAUGUGGCAGGUAUUGUCGUCGAAGUGGGUAGCGAAGCCACAAAGUUCAAAGUUGGAGAUCAGGUUUUUGGCUGUCAAGGAGUAGGAUUCCCAGGCUCCGGAGGGGCUGCAGAAUACUGCCUUUUCAGAGAUGAUAUAGCCCUUAAAAAGUCAGAUCACAUCUCCCUUGCAGAAGCUGCUACAAUGGGAGUUGGCAGUCAGACAGCAGCUCUUGGCCUGUGGAGCGGCCUAAAUAUCGCUCUCCCAGACCCACAAAACUUACCAGCUAUCUCUGACGAAUGGGUAUUGGUUCUUGGAGGCGGAGGAAGCGUUGGAGGUUAUGCCGUGCAACUCUCCAAAUUGUCUGGCUACAGGGUUGUCGCUAGUGUAUCAGCUAGGUCCGUCGGCGCAGCCUUCACUCAUGGUGCUGAUGAGACUGUCGACUACAAAACGCCUGUUGAUGAACAGAUUGCCAAAAUAAAGAAAAUCACUAAAGGGAAGCUUCACCGAAUCAUCGACACCACCGCCUACAACGCAAAUUUUGUCAAGAAGGUUCUCGAAGAGAUCAAGGACGAUGCCGGAGAAAAAUACUUCGCCUCUGUCAAUGACUGGGAAGAUUUUGGCCCUCUCCCUGGCGGUGCUAAAUUUUAUCCCAUCUCUCUCGGACCCCUCGCUCGCCCUGAAUCGAAAGAACUCAACGAAAUCCUCUUCAAGUAUAUCGAUGUUCUUCAAGCAUUCGUCGAUGUUGGUAAAGUUAAACCGGGCGAAUAUAGCCUCGUAGGUGGAACCGGUUUCGAAAGCUUCAUUGAAGCCGUCAAAGUCCAGAGCGGCGGGUCGGCAAAGAAGGUUGUAGCCAAACUCCAAGAGGAGUAG